ACUGGCACAAGGGGCCUGUGCUCUCCUCGGCUGAGCAGAGGGGAUGCAGAGAAAUCUCAAGCAGACAGCCUGAUAAAUAAGGACCAAAGAAAGCCACAAGAGAAAUGGACACUGAACACCUGCCUGAUGAUUGAUAGCACAGCAGCAGGACUGAGGGGGCGUGGCAGCUGGAGAGGACAGGCCAGGUUCACAGAGCUGGCGGUGGGAGGCUGCGGUGGAGGCCGAGGGGGAAGGGCCGGCAGGGCUUCAGCAAACUGGGCUCCUUGGGCCGCCCCAGCUCCGUGACCUGGGCAGGUCCCUUUCUGCCAGUCAGCCUGUUUCCUCUUCUGCUGAGUAGAGUGAAAACACGCCCUUUGCUCGCACCGGGGUUUGCGCGCCCCGAAUCUGGCACUGCACCUGUUUUUCUGGCACACCUGGUUGUGCAAUGCUGGCGUCUUACAGCUGCUGAGCAGCGAAAGCGGAAACACCCACAGGGUGCUCCUUGGCCCACACUCGGGCCCACCCACGGGCAGGAGGCGCCCGGUACCGGGAAGUGGCCGCGCCCUCGGCCUCUGCGCGCCUGGCUCGCUCGUGGGGGCGCCUGGUCUCCUGCCCUCCGCAGCCUUGGGGAAAGCGCGAGGCCAGGGAGCAGCAGGGCAGCAGCCAUGGCGGAGCCGGAGACCGUGGCCGACGACCUGGACGCCCUCAUCGACGACCUGGAUUACCUCCCGGGCCACUUCCACCUGGAGAUGCAGCUGAACUUCGAGCUGCGCUCACCGGAGCCGCUGCGCGUCCGGGACCUGAAGCUGCAGCGGGAGGGCCUGCGGCAGGAGCUGGAGCUGGCCGCGGCCUCGCAGCGGCCCGCCGUGCAGCACCUGCUGGGCACCUUCGCCUUCUACCUGGAGGAGCUGGACGAGGCCCGCGAGCGCUUCCUCCAGGUAGCCCGCGAGGAUCCGGACAACCUCAACGCCUGGGCCAACCUGGCGCACGUGUACGGACGGCUGGGCCAGGAGGAAGAAGAGGAGGCUUGCGCCGCGCGGCUGGCGAGCCUCAUGGGCCUGGCGGAGGACCCCGAGGCCGCCGGGGACCCCCAGCUCCGCGCCGCGUGCUGCCUGGCAGAGCAGGGCUACGCGCACGGCUUCGACGUGGGAUGCGCCAGCGCGGAGGAGCGCGCGCGGGUGCUGGCAGCGGGCAUCGCGCUCUACGACAAAGCGCUGGGCUACGGGCAACAGGUCCCUGUGGAGGAGAAAAGGGGCUGGUACUUCACCAUGGCGACACUCUUCAUCAGGCUGGACGGCAUCUUCCUGGAGCUGGGCACCGAGGAGCAGAAGAGGCUGCCUGCCUUCAACCGCACACUGGCUCUGCUCCGGCAGGUCCUCAAGUCCUCGGACCCCCAACACAGAGCUCUGGCCUGGUGCUACCUCGGAAUGCUGCUGGAGAGGAAGGACACCUUCUCCACCACCCCCAUGGGUGUCCAUGACUGCGGGUACUCGGGGACUGAGCCCCUGGACUGCUUCAGCAAGGCCAUUGAGAUUGCCAAGGACCGGCCGCCCAUCCUGAACCGUCUGGCCAAAAUCUUCCACUUCCUGGGAAAGCCGGAUAUGGCCAUUGGCACCUGUAACAUGGCCCUGGAUGUGCUAGGAGACCCAGAGCUCAACUGGCAGGCGUACUGCACAAGGGCCAAGAUCCACAUCAGAGCCUACCUGCAGGAACUGGAGCGGGCCAAGGCGGGGCUCGGGGGCGUGCCCGACAGGAACCACCUGGCCUGUGCCAAGGCUGACCUGGAGGAAGUGGUCAAGGUGUGUCCAGGCCUCAAGACCUACCUGGACAUUGGCCAGGUCUACUACUACAUGGGCGUGGACGCCGUGCAGGAGCUGCUGGCCGUGGACGAGGCGGCGCUGAACCAGGCGCUGGUCUUCCUGGCCAAGGCCGGCGAGUCGGAGCUGGGCGCCUCACUGCCCGAGCUGCAGCUGCUCCGUGGCAAGUGCCUGCGCAUCAAGGGCGAGGAGGCCAACGCGGCGGCCUGCUUCAAGCGCGCCGUGGAGCUGGACGACGCGGGCUCCUGCCACACCGAGGGCUUCGGCUGCCUGCUCGAGGCGCUGCUGGCGCAGUGGAGCCAGGCGCAGCUGAGCGACGCCGAGCUGGGCCGCGAGGUGGACGCCUGGCUGCGCCGCGCCCAGGGCAAGUACCCCGCGGCGCGCCUGCGCCAGGAGCUGCAGCGCGUGUGGCGCGGCCACACCCACGAGGUGCUGGGGCUGGCGCGGGCCUUGGUGGCGCAGGGGCGGCCUGCGCUCGUGCGCCUCCUCUUCGAGACCAUGGAGCGCGAGGGGGAAGCUGUCGGGGCGCCGCGGGGCCGCCGGUCCUGCUCCUGGUGAGUCGGUGAGCCCUGCCCCAUCCGCAGACGAUUCGGGCCAGGGCCUGGCGCUCACGACGGAACCGCCCUGCCAUCGACUGGCGCCAAGGUGAACGGAGCCAAUCAGAUUCUGCCUCGGGCAGUUAGUUUCGAGGACCCCGAUGAGGAGCGUGGAGGAGGGCAGAGACGCACGUGGCCGAGCAGCGGGAACCUGCAGACCAAGGGACAAGAGCAGCGCUUCCAAGAGUUUUCCAAGACAAGUAAAGGAGCUGCUUCCGUUGUGGCGGUUUCCUCGUCCCUGUGCGCAGUCCGAGGCCCGAGUUUCCGUCUCAAGGUCCACCAGAAGCCCUCUAUCCUUAGAAUAAAACCCCUGUAAGGCGGUGAGUGGUUUCUGGUCCUGCCGAGGGAGCUCACGGGUGGCGGGGUGAGCUACACCUCUGCCUGGGCGCCCAGGGCUUUUCCCGCCUCGCUGCCCACCUUCCACGGGCCGCACCUGGGCUCUCUGAACGGGAGCCCCGCCAGAAAACCUUCCCUGGCUUCCCUGUCCGUGGGGGAAGCUGGGGCCCCGCCCAUUAGGAAGUGCCAUCUGCUCCUGUUCUUGAACCUUCUGCAAGACAGUGAAGAAAACGUUGACACUGUGCAUUGUUGGAAUCACAGCGGUGGCAUCUUUCACGUCAGACUCUGGUGCCUCUCAGAUUCCAUGGCCCUACCCUCGAGAGCUGAUAGAAGGCAAAGCUCCAGGCUGAGGCCUGGCCAGAGACAUGACCACAACGCCAAGACCCCCUCAGUGGCUUAGCAUGGCUUCGGCAUCGUUUCCUUCUCCGGAGACUUAAGCUGCAUGCUUUGCUCAUAUCCCUGGCCCUCAGACGUGGCCGAGGCCAGGCCAGCACGCUGGCGCUGCAUCACACACGUCUCGGUUGCUGGAUGAAAGACUGAAGUGCAGUGCCUCGGAGCUCCCCUACCUCCACCCUCCAGAGUGGUGCAUGGACAGUGGCUUGCCUGGAGCUACCCUUCCCGGGCUCCCUACCACAGACCUCAAACUUGUUUCAGCAUUUUUCAGGUUUGGAAAAAUACUAAUAAACUGGCCAGCAGAAAAGCA